GUUGAGAGCUUACAGGAUGGAGGAGAGAGCCGGAGAGCGGAGGUGCUUCGAUGGAGACGGCAGCCUCGGUCGGGGACCCGAGUCAGAUAAUUAGGCUUUCGGCGCAGAGUGGAGGUACGACAAAGUUUAUGUUCCCGCCGUAACGGAGGGAAAAUUUCGCGGUUAAUUCCCAACGGAGGUUUCGGCAAUUAUUCUGGAGAUUUCAGUGAGUGAGAACGAUGAUGGUGGGGAGAAUCUUGCCGGCCGUGGUCUCUGGUUGUCGGAAUUACAGCAGCCGGAGCUCAGGACACGGUCGGAACUGGGCUAAAAACGCGAACUUGCAGAAGGCCGCCUUCGAGGAGAGCCCUCCGAGGAGGGCGCCGAGGACCAGAAUCAAGUGGACGGAGGAACAGGCGAGGGUCAUCUCCGCCAUCUCGUCCGGCCGGUCCGUGUUUGUCACCGGAUCUGCCGGAACUGGGAAGACCGCUCUCGUAAAGCACGCAAUCAAGCUGCUGCAGAAAUCACUCGGCCGGUCCAAGGUCUUCGUCACGGCUUCGACUGGCAUUGCGGCCUACGCCCUCGGCGGCCAGACACUGCAUUCUUUCGCGGGUAUCGGGCCGCCUGUGAACGACCGGGAACUUCUUCUCGAGAGGGUUUUGUCGGAUAGGAGAGCCAUCAGGAGAUGGAAGAGGGCUCUGGCAUUGUUCAUAGAUGAAAUCAGCAUGAUAGAUGGGGAGCUGUUCGAUCACCUCGAGUUCAUCGCCCGGGAGGUUCGGGAGUCAGGCAAAUCAUGGGGCGGUAUUCAGCUCGUCGUGUGCGGGGACUUUUUCCAGUUGCCCCCUGUGAACAAGAGAGGGUACUUGCGUUUGAAUAAGGAAUUCGCGUUCGAGGCUGAUUGCUGGGACUCCAGCUUCGGCCUGCAGGUCGAGCUCACGAAGGUCUUUAGGCAAUCCGAGGAGAGGCUUAUCAAGCUGCUUCAGGGGAUAAGGAAGGGGCAGAUCGAUCCCGAAGAUAUGUUGUUCUUGGAGAAGUCUUGUUCCUUGAACGAUAAACUGGACGCUUCAGUAGUGAGAUUGCAUCCUCGGAACGAGGAUGUGAACUAUGUGAAUGAGGAGAGGAUGUCGGAAUUGGGCAAGGAACGUUACCUCUUCGUUGCGGAAGACAGUGGUAUAGAGCAGGCCAUGAGGCAGCUUCGGUUCGGGCUAGCGCCCGAUGAGAUCUUUCUCUGCGAGGGGGCGAGGGUGAUGUUUGUGAAGAACGUGGACACGUCUUGCGGGCUGAUCAAUGGGGCCACCGGGACCAUCAUCGGGUUCAUGGAGGACAAGGCUGGAGUUUCCUCAAACGUAUGCCAAGGAGGCGGAGUUCUGCCUGUCGUGAAAUUCGAUUCAGGGCAGAUUAUUGUGGUCGAACCUGAGACGUGGUGUCUAAUGGAAGCAAACACCGUUGUUGCUAGGAGAAGGCAGAUACCACUCAUUCUGGCCUGGGCCCUGAGCAUUCACAAGUGCCAGGGAAUGACUCUUGAUAGGGCUCACAUGGAUCUUUCCCGGGCUUUCGGGUACGGGAUGGUGUACGUGGCACUCUCCCGGGUGAGGAACCUGACCGGACUCUACUUGUCAGGCCUCAAUCCCUCGAAGAUCAAGGCCCACCCGAAGGUCUUGAAAUUCUACGAGAGAAUCACCAAUCAGCAAGACACAGAGUGACAAUAGCAACGAUCAUCGGAGAGGAUGAGGAUGGCAUUUCGAAGGUGAAGGCCCGCCGAAAGGUUCUAAUAAACUAUCUCUAUAUGAUUUCUUACUAUCACAGCAGAAGAGGUGCUGAAGAAGCUUAUCAUGUAAGUGUAGGAAAAGAAGGGCAACAAAUUUGUUCAGACUUCGCGCAAAGUGUUGGAAGUUAAUUGAAUUUUCCUUCCGGCAGUA